AUGUCUGCCGUUCAAGAAUUGGCCCAGAGGGUCAAGAACGACGAAAAGUGCUACGUCGAUACCGACGUAGGCAAGGACGACGAUACUGCUGAUGGCUCCGAGUUUAAGCCUUACAAGUCGUUAGCUUACGCUUAUAUUCAGAACUUCGAAAAGCCUACACCGCAGUACCAGACUCGAGCCUCCGAAACUGGUCCCGUUGGACCUGACGAAGAUCCUUCCGUAAGGCUCUUAUGGAAGGAACCCGCAAAGAGCGCCGUCAAGAAAGCUCAAGGAGCCCUCGACGCCCACAAGAAGAAGGUUCAGAAGCAGCAACAGGCUGCCGCCGCAGAGGCCGAGACCAAGAAGCAGAGGCUACAGAACCUCGAGGCUGCUAAGAAGAUUGUGCUCAAGCAGGAUGAGUCAUUACCUAAACCUAUCAGAAUUAAGAUUAACCGCAAAGACGUCGAGCUUGGAGAAGGUGAUAAGAAGGGCACACGAGUUAAGGUCUUUGGAAGAAUCCAUCGUCUACGAGUACAAAAGCAGGCUACUUUCAUUACCUUGGUCGACGGAUAUGGACAGUUACAAUGCAUAUUGACUGCUGGUGACCUCACCAAGACCUACGAUGCUCUGACUUUCGCCCAGGGUACCUCGCUUGCCCUGUAUGGUGAGAUGCGUAAGGUCCUUGCUGGACAGACGGCCCCCGACGACAGAGAGCUGCACGUGGACUAUUAUGAGGUUUUGGGCGCUUCGCCAAGCGACGAGGAUGCCAUCACCAACAAGGUCUCGUCCCAGCAGAACCAAUGGGAUGCCCAGAUGCUCGAUAACCGACAUCUAGUUCUCCGAGGCGAGAAUGCCUCUGCGAUCAUGAAGAUUCGAGCAGCAGUGGAGGGCGCUUUCACCAAGGUCUACGAGGAACUACACCUCACUAAGGUAUCACCCCCCGCCCUGGUGCAAACUCAGGUCGAAGGCGGUGCGACUCUCUUCAGCGCACCCUACUACGAUGAGAUGGCCUAUCUGACUCAGUCGUCUCAACUCUACCUCGAGACCGUCAUUCCGAGUCUUGGGGAUGUCUACUGCAUCGAGAAAUCAUUCCGUGCCGAGAAGAGUUUGACGCGCCGUCAUCUUUCCGAGUAUACCCAUGUCGAAGCCGAAUUGGAUUAUAUCAACUUCGACGAGCUGCUAGAUCACCUCGAAGAAGUCAUCUGCCGAGUCAUCGAUAUCGUCCUUGCCAACCCGAUCAUCGCCGCUCACCUGAAGGAACUUAACCCUACUUUCCAAAAACCCGUUCGACCUUUCUUGCGCAUGAAGUAUACCGACGCCAUCGAAUGGCUUAACGCGCAAGACCCCCCUAUCCCGAACGAGGAGGGCAACCCCCACGUUUUCGGAGAUGAUAUCGCGGAGGCCGCGGAACGUAGGAUGACAGACAUCAUCAACCGGCCUAUCUUCCUGACACAUUUCCCCGUGGAAAUCAAGGCCUUCUACAUGAAGAAGGAUCCCUCAGACCUACGGGUAACCGAGAGUGUAGAUUGUUUGAUGCCAGGCGUCGGUGAGAUCGUUGGCGGCAGUAUGAGGAUGGAAGGAUACGAGGAGCUGCUCGAGGCAUACAAGAAACAGGGCAUCGACGCCAAAGACUACUACUGGUACACCGACCAGCGCAAGUACGGUACUUCUCCCCACGGUGGAUAUGGUCUCGGCCUUGAACGAUUCCUGGCUUGGAUUGCUAACCAGCACACCGUCCGUACGACUUGUCUAUACCCCCGAUUUAUGGGACGAUGCAAGCCUUGA